AUGGCGGGUCACACACAGAAUGUCAGUGAACAGGAGCAUUGGGGAAAUGAGCCUGGACCAGUGAAUGGAGCGGGAAAUUGCCCAUUUAGUGCUGAACGUGGUCAAUGGAGGCUUAUCAGAAUUGGCGUACCCGCUAUACCCGUCCAGGGGAACCAAUCAUCGAAAAAAGAUCGAGAAUUCCAGCUUUCAGCAACGCAAACGCAAAAAAGCACACUUUCAGCACACAGCCGGCCCCAUGAGUUCGAUAUGACCCCCGCAUCGUGUGCACGGCAUCGCGGCGGGCCGGCGUUGAUGGCCCUGGUGCUUUUGGCGGCGGCUGUGACCCCCGUGGGGGCAAUUUCGGACCUGUAUGCACUCCAGAACGGUAAUUCGUUCCAGUCAUGUGCGUAUGUGUCACAUUCCACCGGCUGGCUCGAGGUCGCCGUGUCAUUUGUGGAUUUCCCGCCGAGCGAGGGGCUGUCUGUGGAUUUUCUGGCGGUGUCCGGUGAGGAUUUGAACCGGUUGAAGCUACCGUUUGUGCCGGCGGCCAAAGUUUGCGACGAAACGGCUUCCAAUCUGGGAUACUGCCGGUACGGGGAGCCGGAGGGACCCGAGGGACCCGGUAGCAUGCCGAUUGAGCAGAUGAUCGAGCGGAAAUCGAACCGCGGCACGAUAAUCCACCGGCAGCUUGUGCCGGGAGCCGAAAAGGCACCAUACGUGUACAAGGUGCACAAAAGCGGCACCUACUGCCUGGUGUUCCGGGCACAGGGCAUCCCUAAGGAUGCCAGCGGGCACGAUCAGGACCUCAUGGCCGUCGUGGACUGGCGGCAAGCGUUUGGCCGCAUCCUCGUGAGCGAUUGGCGGUACUUGUGGCUUUGCUGGCGGAUGCUGUGGCUUUACGCGGCAUUUGCACUGUGCUACGGGUACCUGGUGGCCAGACGCCGCCAUAUAGUUCAACAGAAGGUUCUUCUUUACACGGCAGCCCGAGCUGUGCUCUUCCUGGCGGCAGUUGUCAAGUUUUCGUACAUGAACCGCCACGGCUACUCGUUUGGCUUCACGCGGUCGCUUUUGCGUCUCGUUUCGCUCGUUUGCAACACCCUGGUCACCGUCUGGCUCGCGUACAACCUCAUUUUGCUCACGGCCGGCGUCUAUUUCGACAUGCACGCACCCUCGACCCGGUAUAUGCCGCUGGGAGUGCCCCGGGCCGCCCGCCAGGCCGAUAUGCCCACAUUCCGCCGUGCACUGCUCGCAGUCAGGCUUUUCUGCGCCCUCUUGUGCCUCCAGCUCGUCGUGUACGACUUAGAAUCAUCAGACAUCUUCUCCAUCGUCGGUGGCCGCGCGGACCUGCUUUCGAACCUCGUCUUCGGCGAAAUCGUUGCUGCCUUUGCUGUUUUUUCCGCUUACGGCAUCCACACCUGCCUCCAUGUCCGCGACAAAACCGUUGCAAUCCGCCUGGCUGCAACCCUCGCUCUUCUCUCUGCAGUCUUCAUCUUUGAGUUUGUUCUCCGGCGUACUGCCAUUGCCAACUACCUGAGUGACAAGCUGCUAAGCAUCGUGCACGAGAAAUCGUACACUUAUAUGCUUGAGUACGUGGUCACUGUCCUGGUGGGUCUUGUUUGGUGCCGGACGAGUCUUGAUGGUGAGAAGAUGAGUGUUGCGUGA